AUGGACGACGAAUGCACCCAUGUUAGCCCUGGUUGUCCUUCUGAUGGCUCCAGUCUCGGUUAUGCGCCAAACCUCCCUGUCACCAUUGUUUUCCUCAUCCUGUUCGGAAUAGCGCUAUUGUGCAAUAUUAUCCAGGGAUCAAAGUACAAAACCUGGACCUUCAUGGCUAUGAUGUGUCUCGGGUCGCAGUCUGAAGUGAUUGGAUACAUUGGCAGAAUAUUCAUGCAUUACAAUCCUUACCGAUUCCUCGUGCAAAUUAUCUGUCUUACUAGCGGACCAGCCUUUUACUCUGCCGCAUUAUACCUCUGUCUUUCACGAAUCAUCAUCGUUUACGGAGAGAACUUGUCUCGCAUAUCCGCUAAAAUGUACACGCGAUUCUUCAUUUUCUGCGACCUCAUUUCCCUCUCGCUUCAAGGAGGGGGCGGAGGCGUGGCGGCUUCAGCAACAAAGCCGGGUACGCUGUCCAUUGGCAACAAACUCAUGCUAGCCGGGUUGAUUUUCCAGAUCGUGUCCCUUGGCUUCUUUGCAGCAGCCUGUGCCGACUUUGCGAUACGUGUCAAGAAAUACCCAAACCGAAAGAACCCUAGAUUUUCAAAGACAAGGAUGAGCACAGGCUUCCGAGCGUUUCUUCUGGCAGUAGCCUUGGUCUUUAUGGCAAUCUUCAUCCGAUGCAUUUACAGAGUUGUUGAACUUGGUUCGGGAUGGGACAGUGCUCUCAUGAGAAAGGAGGUCCCAUUCAUCAUCCUCGAGUCCGGCAUGAUUACUAUUGCCGUCUUCUGUUUUGUGGUCGUCCACCCCGGGUUCGCUUUCGGUGAUGAUUUCAAUACCAUUCAGUAUAUGGUCCUGACCAAGGGAGGAGGGGAAGAGGCAGGAUUCAGGAGGGAGAACCGAUCAACUAUCGAGCUCGCCUGGGGCCAGGACCAUGAAAACACUGUUGGUGACUCAAUGAUUUAA